CCUGACUGGGACAGGCUGAGAUGGAGUGAUGGAGACAUCUCUCUGCAUGUCUCUAUCUUCACAGUCUAUUUAAGAAGAACAUGGGAAGUGAUCGUUGGAAGAACAUUGGAGGAACUCCACAGAUGGAAGAUACCGUGCAGGAAAAGUCCCAGAGAAAAAGUUGCGGUUACAUCCUUUGCACCGUGUUGCUGUCGGUAGCUGUCCUAUUGGCUGUCACGGUCACUGCAGCUGUUCUCUUUAUGAAUCACUACCACGCUCCGUCUACUGAACCACCUCCAGUUAUUACCACCAACAUGGAAGACCCCAAUGCUUUGGUGACCAUUGAAAGGGCUGAUAGUUCCCACAUCAGUAUCUUCAUCGACCCAAACUGCCCAGAUCCAUACCCUAGAUUGGAGGGAUUGCAAUCUUCACUGUUGUCUGCCAUGGCUGAUCACGACUCAGAGCAAAAAGUAGCCGGAGGGAAAGAGCGAGCUCUGUUGUCUGGGUUAGCCGAUCAAGUGGCACAGAUGGUGUCACAGAUGUCUCGGCAACGAGCAGACUGGGAGAUCCUGAGAAAAGGGCAGAGCGGACUGGGAGCAGAGCUUGGGGCUCUGCAGAGCGAGCAAGGAAGACUCAUACAGCUCCUCUCCGAGAGUCAGAGUCAUGUGGCACAGUUGGUCAGCUCAGUCAGUGAUGUUCUGGAGACUGUACAGAGAGAGAUAGGAUCAUCACGACCUCGUCUAAAGGCAGAUCUCCAACGGGCUCCGUCUAGAAACUCUAGGCCCCGAGGCUGUGCCAAUGGUUCCAGACCUCGAGAUUGUUAUGACAUUUAUAUGAGCGGUCAGCAAGAGGAUGGUGUCUACUCCAUAUUCCCAAUACACUAUCCCUCUGGCUUUCAAGUCUUCUGUGACAUGACCACUGAGGGAGGCGGGUGGACGGUGUUUCAGCGGAGAGAGGAUGGCUCUGUGAAUUUUUUUCGGGGAUGGGAGCAAUACAGGGACGGCUUUGGAAAGUUAACAGGAGAACACUGGCUAGGCCUGCAGCGGAUUCACUUCAUAACCAUGCAAGCUCAUUAUCAGCUCCGCAUUGAGCUGGAGGACUUCGAUAACGCCACAGCCUAUGCUCAGUAUAACACUUUUGGUGUUGGAUUGUUUUCUGUGAAUCCAGAAGAAGAUGGCUACCCUCUCACCGUAUCAGAUUACACAGGAACCGCAGGUGAUUCUCUUGGAAAACACAGUGGUAUGAAGUUCACAACAAAAGACAUGGACAACGACCAUUCAGAGAAUAACUGUGCCAGCUUCUACCAUGGGGCAUGGUGGUAUCGCAACUGCCACACGUCCAAUCUGAAUGGACAAUACCUGCGCGGCCACCACGCCUCCUAUGCUGAUGGUAUUGAGUGGUCCUCUUGGACAGGUUGGCAGUACUCCCUCAAAUUUACAGAGAUGAAGGUACGUCCCCUUCGAGAAGAGAAGUGAUCUCUUCCACAUCUCUCUCUCUCAAUCAGGAGUAUCGAGGGAAAUUGCUGAAAUCCAUACAUUUAAUAUGGUAGCCAGGGUCAGAAACUAUUGGUUGCUGUUAGCCAUGCAAUUCAAGGCUUUCCGGACCAUACAAGUUACUUUUUCCAUACCCUACUAUUGUAUUUAAAAAUUAUUGGACCUGUUACCUUAAAGCAUCACUGGAUACAGGAACAUGGUUUAACAUCAAGAAUGGAAAAGAUUGAUACACCAUUUGGUCAAGAGAAGACAAUUACAAGAUUGCCAUAUCUUCAUUUUAUCUUUGAUCUGCCAGUGGCAGAAACUGAGCUGGUCAAUAUCUAAAAUGAUUUGUAGAAUCAAAUAAGAUACCCUGGACUAUACUGAAGACAAACUAUAUAUUUAAUGUCGUAGGUCCAAAGCAUAAAUAUGGUGUCAUUAGUCACCUGUUUUCAGGCCAGCAGCAUAGUGCCUUGCUGUGUGUCGCUGGAACCUUUUCUAAUGUGACAAGUGAUUGAGACUUAGCUUGGGCUUGGACUUUAAUAUUUUCUCUACACUCCAUAGAUUCACAUUGGUGUUUACAAUGCAGUAUUUGUUUUAUCGUUCUUUUGCACACACUGCACCCACCCUCCCUGGUUUGGUUUGCAUUUGAAAGUUGAUGGUGAAAAAUAUGUUCCGUAAAAUUCUUAGCAUUGUCAGCAGUUUAUUUGACAUUGGUCUAUUAUACAGCACUUAUUUACGGGGAGAAAAUCUUCAGCACCAGACCCAGGCCAGCCUAGUCAGACUUAGAACAUGUUCUUUGUAGACUGAUCGAAGGAGCAGGUAACUCUGCAACAUCACUGACAAGGCAACUAUGGGCAAAGAAUAGUUGCAACAUCACCCCAGGCAACUAUGGGCAAAGAAGAAAUGAAAAACAAAUUGGAAAUAGAACCGUGGCUGGCCAGUAGAGACGUGACUUAAUUUCCUGGAUCCUAAAUUUGGAUUUGUAGAUGGCUUUUAUGUUUUAUAGAUUAUUUGUUUAUUUUUUUGGACACAAGAUUACAUAUUGUGGUUUGAUGUGAAGACCAAAUUCUAUAUAAUAUUUUGUAGCAAAUGGAGCAACUCUGAGAUCCUACUAUGGAGAAUAAGAUUAGAGAAGGAAAGUCUGCUUUAGGAAAUAGUUGGGUACUGCAGAGCAUAAAUCCAGUUACGGCCUAUGGGGCAAGUCGUGACAUGUUUAUGGGAGCAUUGACUUUGUCAGAAAGUUGUAUGUAAUAUAAUGUCAUCGAGGAGACGUUUCGAUAGAAAAAAGCAAACAUUUGUAACAAGCAAUUGUUAAAUUCCUAAGGUUCUCUUUAGAGCUCAUUCUCGGAAAAGGGUAAUAUUUUACGUAUUUAUAAUUUACAAUGUCAUAUAUUUUGCAGCAAGUGAAGUUUACUAGAUGGAAUUGAACACAAGACAUCAUACCUUUUCCUACAAGUUUAACUUAGUAAUUCUUGAUGGCCAUUUCGCACAGAAACAUAUAAUCUGCACACUCCCAAGUACCAAAGAAAGUAUACAUUACACUACCAUGCUGGCACUAAGCAUCCUACCACUUAUCAGGAUGUUUAUAAAUCUUACAAGCUCUUAAAUGAAAACUACAACCAAAUUUCUCCAAUAGUAACGUUAAGUUUGUAAUGUAUAUAAAAAAAUUCCAUAUUUUUUUCUGUUUGAUUAUGCAUGUAUCCUUCAGUCAUUGAGACAGUGUAAGUUUUUGCGGUCUAUACUUCCUGUGUUUUAUAGCUGCCCCCUUCUCAGGAAGUGAACUAAAGGAUUAAGAGAGAUAGAACAUUGCUUCCCACAGCUUUGUGUAAAACAGAAUUGUGAUACUUUUGAGAAUAUUAAAAAUCAUAAAUAUAAAUACAUUUAUUUUUUUAUUUUACCAUUGUUAUACUGCUACUCUCACUUUGUAUCUGUCAUUUUUUCAUCUUCUUUAGGGAUGGUCAUUUUUUUUGUCAUCGGUCAUAUACAUCUCUUAUACAGGCAGUAGGUCACUUGAAACUUUAUGCUUGAUCCACCUCAUUCUGGAGUAUUAAAAUCUCAUUAAUUGCAAGUUUUUGGAGACAAAACAGUAGAGAUAUUCUACAAAAAAUGUGUAAAAAAAAUAAUAAAAAAUAAAAUAAAAAAAGAUAUGUACGUUUUGGGGAAAGUGAUAACUUUUUUUUAAGUAUCCCUGGACAAUCUUUAUUUAGCAUAAUAAUUAUAUAAUAUAAAAUGAUUUAACUAGAUAAAGUAGAGUUGGUUUACACUAGUUUUCAAGCAUGUCCCAGAGUAUUAUUAUGUUCUUAUUACCCAAUUCAAUUAUGGAAAAUUUUUAGUAACCUCGGAAGAGUGAAAAGAUGAGUGUAAUUAAUAAAAUUCUUUAUCAAAACCUUGCAAUAUAUGUUUUUUUUUUUUAAGUCUUGCAAAAUGCA